CCGUGCACUUCUCGCCCUACCUCAAUCCCGAAGCCUCCACAAAGUCAGCUCCACGUGGUGACGAGGAGCCGGCACAGAUGAGGCAAGCUGGGACUCGAAUCCGGCAGCUGGGCGCGAUAAUGCGAAGAGAGUUGAUCUGGCCCCAGCUCUGAACUUUGUGGUCAACCUUCAUCCCUACCGCGAUGGCCCCAAAGUACUCGCAGCAGAAGGACAGCGCCCGUGAGCAGGGAGGAGCUGAGGGCAAUUAGCGCGAUCUGACGCACGAUGUCAGUAGCGGCCGAGGCGCAGGAGGCCGGGCUGGAGACAGGCGCGGGAGACGUUGGGGAUAUUUCUGCGGCGGAGGGGGUUGAAGACGUUUCUGAAGGGCUGGAGGAUGCGGGGACGGGCAGUUCAACCGCGCCACCGGCUGGCCCGUCAUCGAGGAGGGCUUCCAAGAUUCAUCCGUGCACGGUCUGCCAGAAGGUCUUCACGAGGCCUAGCGCACUGGAUACGCAUAUGAACAUCCACAACAACUCGAAGCCCUAUCUCUGCAAAUAUCCCGGAUGCGAGUCUGCCUUUUCCGUGAAGUCGAACAUGAAGCGGCACCGACGGACGCAUAGCGAGGAAUUUCACGACAGCAUGGAGGCGGCAGAAAAGGCGCAGAACACCGCCACGGGCCCCGUCUUCGACACGCCCAUCAUCGUCGAGGAGAGCCGCCCGGCCUCUUCCUCGAAGGCGGUCGAUCUGCAGUGGAUGCCCCCGAACACAGUCUCGCGCAACGCUCGGUACAGCGGGAAUGACAAAACGUAGGGUCGAAAGCGGACGCUGAUCCGGUGUGCGAGCCGUCCUUGCCAGACCCUAUUUUCUGCGCCGCACUAGCGAGAAACCACGGUCAACGCCCUCGCUUCGAUUUUAUCCGCGCUAAUGCAUAUGGACCGACUGUAGCCUCUUUGUCCAGUAUCUGACCGCUCUCUCGUAUACGUUCGUCAAUUACGACUCGAUGCCAUCUACGCUACGAUCCCAAAUGUCACGUAACCCGCUAAGCACGCUAUACACGGAAUAUCUGCUCUGAA